AUGUGUUGCAAAACCUCCGGAAGCUCCUGUGGUAGCUACUGUGGCUAUGGCUCUGGCUAUGGCAGUGGUUUUGGCUCCAGAUAUGGCUGUGGCUAUGGUUCUGGCUAUGGCUGUGGCUAUGGCUCCGGCUAUGGCUGUGGUUAUGGUUCUGGCUAUGGCUGUGGCUAUGGCUCCGGCUAUGGCUGUGGUUAUGGCUCCAGAUAUGGCUGUGGCUACAGCUCUGGCUAUGGCUGUGGCUAUGGCUCUGGCUAUGGCUCCAGGUAUGGCUGUGGCUAUGGCUCUGGCUAUGGCUGUGGCUAUGGCUCUGGCUAUGGCUGUGGCUAUGGUUCUGGCUAUGGCUCCAGGUAUGGCUGCGGCUAUGGCUCCGGCUAUGGCUGUGGCUAUGGCUCUAGAUAUGGCUGUGGCUACGGCUCUGGAUAUGGCUGCGGCUAUGGCUCUGGAUAUGGCUCUUCCUGCUACCGAAGAUGCUAUUCUUGCUGUUAG